AUGACAGAGAGCAACUCGGAAAAGGCACUUCUAGCCUCUCCGUCGAUCUUCUCCUCGAGACCGUCGAUUUUACCACGUGUUCAAACACCACUACGCGACCAUGUGCUGUCACCGUCUAAGCGGCGCACACCCUCUCAACGCCUCUCACCAUCGAAACUCCAAUCCCAAUCAAAAUCCUCCAGAUCACCUCUACGAUCACCACGCACAUCUCCAGGCAAGUCUACUUUUCAAACCAUGCCGAAAGUGAGCUUCACUCCUCAACGCGAGAGACAACGUCCACGAGCCUGGGAGCGCAGACCUGCAACGCCAUACGUACCUCGAGACGACAAGCAGAAGAUCUGGAAACGCGUUCCUCUUGGUGAGAUAAGUCAUGACGCGAACCGAGUGAUGAGCAGACGCGAGCAGGAAACAAAGCAGGACUACGCUCGAGUUGUGAAGAAGCUGAAAAUCCAGCUGGAUUCGAGUGAAGAUAAGGAGAACUUGAGCAUUGCAGUAGGCGCGAAAUUUGCAGAUGAGGAGAAUAGUCAUGCGGAGAGGCGGAGACAAGGACGCGACUUUGCGGCGGGGGACAAGGAGGAUAUGAUCGAAAGAGAAAUACCUUUCCUUCAGAACUUGGAGCAGCAAGAAGAUGAAGAGGCUGAACCUGCUGUGACUGACGAACGUGAUGAGUGGCAGCAGACUCAGGAUAAUAAUCCGAUUGUCACCACUUCGAAUAGCGAAUUAGAUCUGAUUCCUCUACGAGGCGGUGACUAUCAAGAGUCACCAGAUACCAUGGCUGAGGCUCCAAACGAAGAGAUCCUGGAUACCGUCCAGCACAGCCCUGAGGAUAUCCCUAACCUGGAUCUACCUGCCUACUCGGCUGAGAAUGAGAAUGAAGUACACACCAAAAGCCAGGACAAUAAUAUUGUUGACGGCCCAAGUUCUGAAACUGACAGAGAAAUGGACGAGCUCGAUGAGAACAGAUCAAGCUCGCCUCCAACCAUUCUUGCAGAGAAUGUCACAAUCGACGAGCUUGAGGCGCUUGAUCUUCCUAAGAUGAAAGAGCUCCAAAUGGAGCCUUUGCCUGAGCACGUCAAACAGACGGAAGAGGCCCGAGUCCAGGAUAUUCUAGACAGGCAAGAGAAAGUUCCUAGAAGGAUCUCGGAUGAUGAGGCGACUUUCCUACGCAACUUCAUGUCACGGAUAAGAGCUGGCAAAGCUGCGCGUAAGGCAGAAACCGAUGGAAACAUGAUAAGAAGUCUGAUCGACGCGUCCGAAGCUCUAAAUAAUUUACAAGAGACGACUCUUCCCGCCAAAGAGCAUCAUGCGUCGGAACUGGAACCAUCUCCUGAAGAGACUGGGCCUGAACCCACUUCACCACUGCGACGCAGCAAGCGUGUAGUCACCAAUAUCCCUCGACCACAAAUACGAUUGAAGCGUGCUAGUGGCAAUGAAUUCAUCUUUCAAGCUAAAAAGGCCCCCUCGAACGCCAACAUGUCUGUGGUAACCAGAACAAAUACCAAGAAGAACAAAGGCACAGCUGCUAAUGUGCGUGCUCGACUUGAGCAAUUGAAGACAGAGGAGACCGAGGAAGCAAAUACUCAGGCAGGCUCGACAUUGGAAAGCAAUCAUGAAAGAGCUGAGGAUGCUAUCGAGGAGAUCAAAGCAAACAGGAAGAGGACGUCAAUGACCGCGGGUGAAGGUGCAACACGACCAAGAAAAGUUCUUAGAUGGGACGACGAGAAUCUCGAAAGGUAUCAAGAGGCUGAACAGUUUCCGUCCGGUGUUCUAGACGAUAUCGAAGACAGCAGUCAGGAAAGCACUGGUCACAAAGACGAGGCACCUAGCAAGUACGUGAAGUUGACCUUGAAGAUGAGUGGCCCUGCCGAAGAAGGCGACACAGCGGGUCUCCAGAAUAUAGACGCGACGGCUCAAGAUUUAGAGCCUAAUACAGCCACUUUCACAUCAGAAACCAAGGACGAAGAAGAGUCGGUAUCCUCGCAGACGAAAGUGCGCAAGACCAGGAGAGGGUUUGUAGGUUCAGUCAAUGGAACUCCAGCACCAAAGCGCAGCAGACGUCUCAUGGUUGACAACGAAGACGGGGCAGGGACAAAUCCAGUCGAAGCCGAACCGAAUGCUGUUGCGAAGUUGUCGGAACAGGACCUACUUGCAAUUCCUGCAGAAGAGCCAGCUAGUGCUACCACGAACACUGCGACGAAAAAUCCAACUACCUCCUCAACUUCAGCAACAGCAAAAUCGCGCGUGCCGAUGCCAAAGACACGACGGAGCGCUGCAGCAGCAACUAGUAUUGGGACAGCAAUUCCAACCACAACACCUUCUUCUACAGCACUGCCUCGCCUCAUAAAAGGCGGGAGCACUGCAGUAUCUAAAGAGAAAUAUGUGGGCAGAACAGGUAUGACAAGUACAAGUGGUGAGGCUGACAAGGGAAUUGGAAAUGCGAAAGGAGAUCUUCCGGGUAGGAGGAAGUUAAGAAUUCGACCAUGA